UAUGUUGCUUUAAUAUGGGACCUAGCAUAAGAUCUUAUCAAUGACCUUAUCAGCCGCCUGCAAUAAAACUGCGGGUGUCAUUUAGCAGGACACUUUUAUUCUCACAGUCACUGCACACCAUCAGCACAAAAAUUUAUUCAAAUUAUUGAGUUUAGAGUCUUGGAUAAAUGGCAAAACGAAACAGAUCGUUCCUACCAGGCCGACAGAAAGUGGCUAGAUUCACAGCGUUGUGCUUGCUAGUAAUAUUUGCCUGGUGUUCUGCUCUUCUUCUAAUAGGAUCCGACGCCUUGCCACCAAAUGGGCAAUUAUGGCAACUGAUCCUUUUGUCUGUGGUUGCAAAAGCAUUUGGCUGGCUCGUUACGCAAUUUCGACUACCUGGGCUGCUUGGAAUGCUGCUGGCAGGAAUACUCCUCCAGUGCGUUGGAUUUGUCUCGAUCGAGGGAAAAUAUUUAGGAUUAAUCCGCAUUAUCAGGAAGGCUUCCUUAGUGGUGAUUAUGAUGAGGGCGGGUCUGGAUUUGGAUCCAAAAUCGGUGCAAAAGUUGAAGUUUUCGAUUAUGACCCUUGGUUGGAUGCCGUGGGCCGUGGAAAUGUGCUGCGUUGCCGCAAUGAGUUGGUGGCUGUUUGAGCUCUCGUGGUCUUGGGCUUUUCUGCUUGGGGCAGUUGAAGCUGCCGUUUCCCCAGCUGUUGUGGUACCAAAUUUAAUUUUGCUCCGAGAAAGAGGGUUUGGAGUAGCGAAAGGAGUCCCAACCCUCGUGCUUGCGGUCACUGGCAUUGAAGACGCGAUUUCUAUUUCAGCUUUUGGUGUUAUCAGCAGUCUAAUACUCAUUACAAGUCCUGUUGUGUAUUCCAUUAUAAAAGGGCCUUUAUCAGUUAUUGUUGGUAUCAUAUCAGGAUGUGUUACUGGGCUGCUCUUCAAAUUUGCACCUGACAAGGAUGACCCGUAUGCAAUUUCGAUUCGAAUUUUUCUGCUGCUUCUAAGCGGUUUUUUGAUGAUUUUGGGAUUCGACUUUGUCGAGCUACCUGGUGCCGGUCCACUGGCCGUGAUCAUAGCCGCUUUCAUGGCAGGUGCCACUUUUGCCAACCAAGGUUGGCCCGUGGGUCAAAAUCAGGUCGCUCUAACCUUCGGAGUGCUCUGGAAAUUCUUUGAGCCCAUAGUGUUCGGACUGGUGGGCGCUCAAAUUGAAAUAUUUGAAUUGCCGCUACAAAUGGUUGGUUUGGCAGCAGCUUGUAUUUCAGCUUCAGCAAUAGUAAGACUGAUAACGACACUCAUUCUUCUGACUGGAAGUGGAUUCAACGUAAAAGAAAAAGUUUUCAUAUCAAUGGCAUGGAUGGCGAAAGCCACUAUACAGGCUGUGCUUGGACCAGCAGUGGUUGACAUGGUUCGAGACUCAGAUGACUUAAUCCUACACGAAUCGGCGGAUAUUGUAUUCAAUGUUUGCGUCACCUCAAUUUUGCUGACUGCGCCAAUCGGCGCGAUAUUGAUUGCGGUGACAGGCCCUAAACUUCUGAGUAGGGGAACUGGAACGUCGCUCGAAAGAAGGAGAGUAGUUGUUCGACGGCAGAGUAGUGAAUUUACAAAUUUUAUUAAAUCUGAUAAUAGUAUCAUGUCCUCUAGUCUGUAAAAAAGC